AUGUGCUACACAGCUGUCUGGAAACAAGUGUCCGAUAUCUCGACGGUGAAUGGCGAAGGGUCUGAUAUUGGUGUAGAAGUUUGGGCCAACGAGGGCUUGACAGGGCGACAAGGCUACGCAAGCCUCGAUCCAGGGGUCCCCGCAACCGAGUCGGGCGCCCGCAAGUCCAACCAGCGACCACGCAUCCAUUGUUUGGGCCACGGAAACACCACCGCCAGCAACCAGCAAGAAGCAUACCCAUAUUUGCCCGUCUAUUCCUACCCGCACGCCUACAUACUCUUGUGCGACACUGAUGCCCGCAACCUGAGAAAUGGCGCCGCUAGAGCAGCAAUGGGUCAAGGUCCAGCAGAAAACAUUCACCAAAUGAUUCACCUCAUACACCUCCUCGAGAUCCUGAGUAACGAGUCCCUCGGCCGCUAUGCCUCCCGUCCGAAGCUGCGUGUGCAGAAGUUCGAAAAUGUCAACAAGUCGCUGGACUACAUCAAGAGUCGGGGCAUCCAGAUGACCAACAUCGGUGCCGAGGACGUGGUAGACGGCAACAGCAAGAUUAUUUUGGGACUGAUAUGGACCCUGAUUCUGCGCUUCACCAUCAGCGACAUCAACGAGGAAGGUCUGAGCGCCAAGGAGGGUCUCUUGCUGUGGUGUCAGCGGAAAACAGCAUGCUAUGACGAGGUCGAAGUGCGGGACUUCUCCUCGAGUUGGAACGACGGACUAGCAUUUUGCGCUCUUCUCGACAUCCACCGCCCGGACCUGAUCGACUACGACAGCCUCGACAAGAGCGACCACCGCGGCAACAUGCAGAUGGCUUUUGACAUCGCUGCAAAAGAGAUUGGCAUACCCGACCUCCUCGAUGUGGAAGACGUGUGCGAUGUCGCCAAGCCCGAUGAGCGGUCACUGAUGACCUACAUUGCCUACUGGUUCCACGCUUUCUCGCAGAUGGAGCGUGUUGAGAACGCCGGGCGCCGUGUUGAGAAGUUCGUGCAAAACAUGCAAGGAGCUUGGCAGAUGCAGAACGACUUCGAAAGGCGGAUGCGCGAACUGCUCGGACACAUUGCAAAGCAACGGAUUCAGUGGGAGGAGGCCACGUUCGACGGCACCUACAAUGACGCUAGGAGUCAGUCAGCAGAUUUCACGGCCUGGAAGCGCAAGAGCAAGCGGACGUGGAUCGCAGAAAAGUCGGAUCUUGUAGGGCUCUUGGGUAACAUUAGGACAAAACUAGCAACAUACCGGCUGCGGCCAUAUGAUCCUCCUGCAGAGCUGAGCCUGGAAGCACUAGACGCGGCAUGGGCGGGCCUCAUGAAAGCAGAACGGGAGCGCUCACAGAUCAUCAACGAGACGAUACGAGACAUCAAGAACGCGCUGCGGAAGUCGUUUGCUGACAAGGCCAAUGACUUUGCGCUUGCCCUCAACACCCUAGGCACGUCAAUAUCGGCUCUAGAGGGUGACGUUGAGGACCAAUUAGCUCAUACAAAGGAGAUUAGCAAGUCUCUGGCGCCAUUGGACGAAUACCUAAAUCUCAUUGCAUCGAUAGACGAGCAAUGUGCAGAAGCCAACAUCGAGGAAAACGACUUCACAACAUACACAUACGAUGAGCUAGAGUAUGAGCUGAGCUUGGUGCGCAACUCAGUCUCCAAGAAACUCGCCUUCCUCGACAACCAGAUGGUUGCACGAAAUAUGACCAAUCUCACGCCAAUACAACUGGAAGAGUUCGAAUCAGUCUUUCGACAUUUCGAUCGCGAUGUGUCAAAUUCAUUGCACGAGCUGGAAUUCUCCGCAGCACUAGCCAGUCUGGGUCUGGUGUACGACGAAGAAGAAAUGCACACCAGAUUUCGGGAGACAAGCGGUGGCCGCGAAUACGUUACUUUUGAGCAAUUCAUCCGCUUCAUGGUCGACGAGACGGAAGACCAGAACACCGCAGAGCAGGUCUUUGAGUCAUUCAAGGAGGUCGCUGACGGCAAGCCAUACGUCACAGAACUCGACCUCCGCCACUCUCUCGUUCCUGACGAAGUUAUCGACGAUCUACUCUCCACCAUGCCCGAACACAAAGGCCCAGACAUGCAAGAAGACCGCGACAUCCCCAAAUUUGACUACAUCACCUACAUGGAGCGAUACAUGGGCGGCGACCGAAAUGGCCAAGUCAAUGGUGGAUAGUAUCCUUGGUUCCGAACGCAGCUCUUAACACCUGCACUUAUCUGAAACUUAUGAUGUCGCAUUGAAGGAGAAGAGAGUAUAGCAUUUACUGGGACUUGAAUUCAUUGUGGGUUUGCAUAGCGCCAUGUAUGGCGUUGCCUUGUCUUGUGGCUUGGGUUUGGGAUGGAUGUUGGAUACCAUGCAGAUAGAUUGUCUUCAAUAGUCAUACCCCGUUUUUGGUCGGAAUAGAACUUUUUAAUUGUCAGGGAA